AAACGACAAGCAUACCUACUUGUACUUCCAGUAUGCACCUUUUGGUAUUCUGGCUUUUUCUUUGUCACGAUUCAUUGGCGGCUCAGGCUCUCAAAAGCCGUGCUGUUCCACCAGGCGAUACUCCUUUCAGGUUCUGCAACGAUACAAAAAACGCCGACAUAUUCACCAUUGGGCUCAUUCAGUUGGAUCCGAAGCCUGUACUGAUAGAUCAAGUAUUCCAUGUGAAUGCUUAUGGAAACUUUUCAAAGGAUGUUCCGGGAAAUUCAACGCUAAAGGCCCACGGAGUCUACGAGAACUAUCAUCCAGGCCACAACUUCACUACUAAUUUCUGCGACUACGUAGUCUCAAUCGACCAAAUAGGGAAUGAUCAGUGUCCACCCAAGAAAGGCCCGGCCUUGGUUGUAUUUGAGGGCUUUACUUCGCCGUGGGAUUUGCCAUUCGGUCACUACUCGUGGAGAUUCGAAGCUUUUACACCUCAGCAAGAGAGACUCUUUUGUGUCGAAGCGGACGUGUGUCUAGAUCGGGAUGAUGACGAUCCACGGAAUGGCGAUACAUGUCCACCAGUGAAGGAAAGGGGCAGCUAUAUUAGGGAAUUGCAGCAUUUUAUAGCGAACAGAUAGCUGUCCUACUACUAUAUCUCAAGAUGAAUUGCUGGGAACCUAGCAGAACUCCAGUCCGGUAAAUUAGCUAAACUUAA